AUGUCCGGCUUCCAGAUCCCUGGCUUGGGUAAUGCCAAACCAGGUGAGAAGCUGCCGCCUCUCCCCGCCGACCACACCGUGACCGCGGCCACGGUCACGACCUCAGCGAACCACUCAGAAGAUGUACAAGUCAAAGACGCACCGGCAGCAGCCGACCAGUCGAAGCCCCAAGAGGCAAAACCCGAGACUACGACCGCCCACGACCAGCAGCAGCAAGAUCCCGAUGCCGAUUCCAUGGCCGUGGAUCAACCAGCAAGCCCGCCCUCGUUGACGGAUGCCCUAGAAGCCGCGCUCGGUGGUAUCCCUGGGGAGGAUGCCGAGGUGGCACUAGCACAGGCUCAGAGCCAGCUGCUGCAGGCACAACCGCAGGUGCAGCAGGAGGGGGGAGAAGGGGCCGAGGACGACCAUCCGGAGUGGGAGGUCGACUCGUCACCGUACGUGUCGUCAUCGGAGUCGUCGGAGUCGUCUGAUUCCUCGUCCGACGAGGACUCUGAUGCUGAGGGCUACGAGCUCUUGGGGGUCCAGGAGACUGCACGCAUGCUCAUGGAGGCUGAGGGUGGGUCGGACGAUGAAGGUGACAGGGGAGGCCGACCCGAGGCCGGUGCUGCGCACCUGCGCACCAAAAACGAGCAGCCCGAUGAGCCCAUACCUCGGCCGGACGUGACCAUCACACCGGAGAUGAAGGUCGAGGAGCUGGGCGUCAUCGAGCACAUUGUCGAGGACAUGGUGCUGAUCAAGGCCUUCACGCCGGGCGAGUACCAGGUGCUCGACUCCGGGUCGGUCCUGUGCAACGCGGACCGCGUCGUCAUCGGUGCCGUGGCUGAGACCAUCGGCAAAGUCGUCCAGCCCAUGUACACGGUUCGGUUCAGCUCAGCUGACGAGGUGGUCCAGCUCGGGCUCGAGGUGGGCUCGAAGAUCUCGUACCCCGUCGAUCACGCCAACUUCGUCUUCACCGAGCCCCUCAAGAACCUCAAGGGCUCCGACGCCAGCAACCUCCACGACGAGGAGGUGGGCGAUGACGAGAUGGAGUUCUCCGACGACGAGAAGGAGGCUGAGUACAAGCGCGCAGCUAAGGAGAAGAGGAAGAAGAAGGCCGCCGCCGCCCGUGGCGGAGCCGCAGCUACCACCGCCGGAAACGCUAGUCAGAAAGGCCCUCAUCCCCUUAGACGGGAGAUGAGUCCCUCGGGCGAGCUGAACUACGACGAUGACGGCCCUUACCGGCCGCUCACCCGACCUCCCGGCUUUGGAGACGGCCCCGUAUCCCAAGAGACGUACGAUCCUCACCCACGCGGCCACCGCGGUGGUCGUGGAGGACGUGGUGACUCGAGAGGUGGUCGCGGCGGACGACGAGGUCGUGGCGGUGGUAACAGCAACGGCAUCAACAGAGGUGGCAGGCAAGACGGCUACUCUCUGCCCCCCGCAGGCGCACCACCACCACCACCAUCAUCAUCAUCAUCAUCGCAAUAUCAGCCGCACCAGCAGCACCCUCCCCAGCAGAAUACCCCCGCUGUCCCGCCGCCGCCGCCCGGAUGGCAGCCAGGUGGGGCACCCGCCAUGCCCAACUUUGGCAUCAACGUUCCCGGAUGGCCACAGCAGGGUGCCGUCGCUCCACCUCCCCCUCCUCCUGGCUGGCCUGGUUCCGUACAGGGUCAGGUUCAAGCCCAGGGUCAAGCCCAGGGCCAAAAUGUAUUCGUGAACCCAGCUCUGCUGGCGGCUUUGAUGAGCCACAUGCAACAGCAGCAGCAGCACCAGGGUCAGCAGCCACAAUGGCCGCCGGGAGGACAGGGUCAGUAA